AUGAUUCAGAUAUUGAUUUGUAUGAUAAAAUGUUGCAAAGCCUCCAGCCAAACUCGAGUCUUCAAGAGUUGAUAGUUAAAGGCUAUGGAGGUAUGAGGUUUCCAAGUUGGGUUUCAGAUCUCUCAAAUCUUGUAAGGAUUCGUGUACAACACUGUAGAAGACUUAAGCAUAUCCCUCCCUUAGAUGGAAUCCCUUUUCUUGAAGAAUUAAUUAUUUGGGAUUUGGUUGAUUUGGAGUACAUAGAUAGUGAGGGGGUUGGGGGAAAAGAAGUGUCGAUGUUUUUCCCAUCUUUAAAGAGUCUUCGUAUCUUUAGUUGUCCCAUACUGAAGGGAUGGAGGAAGAGAUGGAGUAAAGAUGAGAUGAAUGAUGAUAGUGAUGAGUCAACAAUAGAAGAAGGGUUGAGAAUGCUCUGUUUUCCACGUCUUUCUUCCUUGAGCAUUGAAUUUUGUCCAAAUCUGACUUCAAUGCCGUUGUUUCCAACUCUUGAUGAAGAUCUUCAUUUGUGGAGGACUAGUUCAAUGCCAUUACAGCAGACAAUGGAGAUGACAUCAUCAGUCUCUUCUUCUUCAUUUACCCGUCCUCUCUCCAAAUUGAAGAGACUAUAUAUGUAUGCAAUUGAUGACAUAGAAUCUCUUCCGGAAGCAGGGCUGCAAAAUCUCUCUUCUCUUCAAAGGCUAUGGAUCUAUGAAUGUCCAAGAUUGAAGUCUCUGCCACUGCCUGAUCAGGGGAUGCAUUCUCUUCAGAAAUUAGAAGUCAUUAACUGCAGAGAAUUGAAGUCGCUAUCUGAAUCUGAAUCUCAAGGGAUGAUACCCUUCCUUCCCUCUUUGCAAGAAUUAAUAAUCGAUUACUGCAGUGAAGAGCUGAGCGGAAGAACGGGAGGAUGGGGAAAGGAGAGGGAGGAGGAGUGGCCUCCUAACAUUAAACACAUUCCAGAUAUUGGAAUUGAUGGCGACUACAUUCAAAAGGAGGGUCGCUAUGUCAAGGGUGAAGGAUUGAGUUAUUACUAUUACUACUAGUAUUUUCACCGAACAUACAUAGAAACACUUACACGUGUGUGUAUGAAAGGUAUGGUGGUUGGACUGGGUUUGAUAAAUCCGAAAAGGUAAUCAAUGCUGGGAUCGUCAUAGAGGAUGGAACAAGCUGGAUCUGGGCCAUAUGAGAAUUUUUCAAAUGACAACCAGUUGUUUUCUCAUUGAGGCCUGUGACAAACUUUGAGGAAAUUUGUUCACACUUCAUACAUUCAAUGUACAUUCCAUUUACAGAACCAAAUUGCAGGCAUUGAUCUGACUGCUGAUAAAUCAUGAAAUAUUGAUAAGAUGUCUAAAGUUGAUGUCUUGAUGACCACUAAGCAUUAUGUGCAUAUCCCGUGUUUCCCUGUUGGUUGAUUAUGUGUAUUUUCUCUGGUUGAAGCUGCAAAGUAAUACUUUGAUUCAUGCUCCGAUGGUAGAAUCAUCAGUUCCCUCAUGUGUGGUAUGGAUCAGGCAGACAUAAGACAUCCACAUCAAACCAUGUAUUAGACUAAGUCGACUUACGUUAUUUCAAAUCUUUAAUUUUCUAAACAAGUAAAGGCCUCACUUUUUAAAAUAAUAUCUUUAAAUGAAAUUAUCUUAAUUCAAAAACGUCAAGUGAAAUAAUUUGAUAUUCUGCUAUCUAAACAAGCAAAGGCGUCUCUUUUUUAAAUAAUUUAUCCUUCUAUCUACAUGGCUGGAAAAUCAAACAAAUCAAGGGAGAAUUGGAAAACAUGACAUUUAUGUUAUUUUAUUUUUUAUACUGGUAGUGAAGAAAUGGUACUGUAGUUUUUAAGAGGGCCAAUGAGCAUUCUGACAUGGUGAAAUCUAACUUGUUGAUUAUACAAUGGGGAUGUAAUGCAUGUUCUUCUGGAUGGGCACUAGAUCAUCAUUCAAGAAAGGAAGUGCUUAGUUUUCUCUCUAAGGUAUGGUUUUCAUGAGCUUUGUAUGUAUAUGAAGUUGUUCUUUUGCAGAGAUUUCUUAUUUAAGUUGGCAAGUUUUUGACUUGUUGUCAAACAUUUGUGUGCAGGUUUCUCUUAUUAGAAACAGACACAGAGCAUCUUCUGAUACUGUGGAUUUGUUGUAUUUUCCAGGGCAGUGACAAGCUUCGACGAGAUUGCUUUUUAUUUUUACAGGUCAUGCGCUUCCAUUUUCAGAAUUCCAAAGUGCAGGAAAUAGGUCAGAGGAUAUUGGAUGCCGCUACAGAUAUUAGUUAUAUAUUCACAGGGUGCAGUUCCAGUAACAUUGAAGCGGUAAGCCGAGCUUCAAAUGCUGAAGAUGAAAAAACUGUUUGGAGAGUUGCUGAUAUAAUUAAUCUUAAAUUCUUGUUGUAGAUGAAUCAGGUUCUGCUCCUCUAAAACAGAAUUUUCCUGCUCCUUUGGUUUCUGUUGAGGCAAAUGCAGCUUCUGUUUAACCUUUCUUUUUGGCCCCUUUUCGACAUAUUUUUGGUGUAGAUACAGUGAUUGGACUGGGGUUUGAUAAAGUUGAAAAGGUAAUCAAUGAUGAUUUCAUUAUAGAGGAUGGAACAGGCUGGAUCGGGGCUUUGCAGGCCUGUGACAAACUUGACAGAAAUCUGUUCACACUCCAUACGUUGCAUAUACAUUUCAUUUGCAGAACCAAAUUGCAGCUGCAAAGUAAAACUUUGAUUCAGUCUCAGAUGGUAGAAUCAUCUUUGCACUCUGGUGUGGUAUGGAUCAACCAGACACCGGACAUCCACAUCAAACCAGUUCUCCAAUCAAGUGGUCCUUGACUGAUUCCAACUAUGCUCAAGCUUGCUGGUUGCAUCAAACUUUACCCUUUACCUCUUGCACUUUCCCUCUCUUUUAAGUUUCAUGUUGAGCAGGAGGAGUAUUACCCUACAAGGUGUGAAUUGUACCAAGUUUAUUUGCUCUUAAUGUCUCCCCUAAAGGUCAAUAGAUUAUUAACUCUUGUACCAUUUUGAUGAAUUUCAGUCCAACCAAGCUUGACCAUGAUGUCUACGGUCUCAAGGGAUGUCACCAGGGCUUUAACUGGCUUUUUGCAACUCGUUACAUGGUGAAAGCAGUUGGAAUUUUUUUUUUUUUUGCUUGUGUCUCAACAGAACAUCUUGUAGGAAUUAGGUCUGAAUAUUCAGUGUUUCAAUUAUAUUCACCAUCAUAAUUUCCUCGAGAUCGAGUAAUUCUCAUUUCUCAGAUAUGAUAUUCUCACCUUCCUCUUGUUUGCUGAUGGAAAAGGAAAGAAAUUUGACUGGGAAUUUCCCAAUUUUAUCCA